GAGGAAAGUAAGAGAGGAACUUGCAUCGAGGAGGAAAGUGAGAGAGGAACCUGUAUCAGUGAGAAAUAGAGAUCUCGAUCACCGCCUGCUCGAUGGAACCUUCUCUUCCUUCUGCUUCUUCUUCUCUGAAACCGUACGCGUGUGACACGUGCAGUUACCGAUGCUCCCAGAGUGAAGGGUUGAAGGAGCACGCGCGCACGCACACGGGAGAGAAACCGUACGCAUGCGACAUAUGCGGCUCCGCCUACGCCACCUCCCGCAGCCUCAAGAAGCACUUUCUCGCGCACACGGGAGAGAAACUGUAUUCGUGUGACACGUGCAGUUACCGAUGCUCCCAGAGUCACAUGUUGAAAAAGCACGCGCGCACGCACACGGGAGCGAAACCGUAUGCGUGCGAUGUAUGCGAGUACAGGAGUUCUCGGCUGGCGCAUCUCAAGAGGCACGCGCGCACGCACACGGGAGAGAAACCGUAUGCGUGCGAUGUAUGCGAGUACAGGACUUCUCAGCUGGCGAAUCUCCAGAUGCACGCGCGCACGCACACGGGAGAGAAACCGUACGCGUGCGACAUAUGCGACUACAGGAGUUCUCACCUGGCGAAUCUGCAGAUGCACGCGCGCACGCACACGGGAGAGAAACCGUACGCAUGCGAUAUAUGUGAGUACACCUGCACCAGCUCCAGCAACCUUAAAGUGCACUUUCGCGCGCACACGGGAGAGAAACCGUACACAUGUGACGCGUGCGAGUACAGGACGUGCUCACGCAACAGCCUGAAGAGGCACGCACGCACGCACACGGGAGAGAAACCGUACGCGUGCGAUGUAUGCAAGUACAGGAGUUCUCGGCUGGAGCAGCUCAAGAGCCACGCGCGCACGCACACGGGAGAGAAACCGUACGCGUGCGACAUCUGCUCUUUCAUGGGCUUAUCCUCGGCCACUCUCUCGAAACACAUGCGCACGCAGUCGCUCCGAAGAAAGGCCGUGUACAAUCAAUUUGGAGUGAUGUGAUGGACGGGUC